UCAUUGCCCCCCAUACACAAGCGCCACUCGCUCCAUCCACGCCAAGCAAGUGGAAUCCUAAUGACAUUUCAUUGAGGGGUAGUGCCAUUGAUUGUGUGUAGCGCCCGCCCCCCAUCUCCUCUCUCACAAACACCCCCAGAGCACAAUGCGGCGCAUGUUAGGGACAGGAGAGAGCGUUUAGGCAGCUCUUCGUACAAAUCUACAGCCUGCUAGACACCGCGGAUUCCCCUUCACUCUGACUUGGUAUAACCCAGAUUGUAACUGUUUCUCUUUGUCGGUCGGAUUCCUGUUCAGGUUUCUUUGAGAGACGGACGAUGGCGGCUACCGAGAUAGUGCGGCAGAUGGGUGAAGGGUGCCGCAGCCUUCCUCUUUCGGCUCAUGUGGGAUUUGACAGCCUGCCGGACCAACUGGUUACCAAAUCAGUUAACCAUGGCUUUUGUUUUAACAUUCUCUGUGUGGGCGAGACCGGCCUUGGUAAAUCUACGUUAAUGGACACCUUGUUUAACACCAAGUUUGAAAGCGAGCCCAAUUCACAUUCACAACCUGGGGUGCAGCUAAAAUCCAGCACAUAUGAUCUUACAGAGAGUAAUGUACUUCUGAAACUGACAGUUGUUAACUCAAUUGGUUUUGGGGACCAGAUUAACAAAGAAGACAGUUACAAACCUAUCGUUGAGUUCAUUGACUCCCAGUUUGAAGCCUACCUACAGGAGGAACUGAAAAUUAAAAGAGUCCUUCAUAACUACCAUGACUCUCGUAUCCAUGCUUGUCUCUAUUUUAUUGCUCCCACGGGUCAUUCUCUGAAGUCUCUUGACCUGGUAACAAUGAAGAAGCUGGAUAGCAAGGUUAAUAUCAUCCCAAUCAUUGCUAAAUCCGAUGCCAUUUCUAAGAGUGAGCUGACUAAAUUCAAGAUUAAGAUCACAAGUGAGCUGGUUAGCAAUGGAGUACAGAUCUAUCAGUUUCCCACAGAUGAUGAAACAGUCGCUGAAAUAAACGGGACAAUGAAUGCUCACUUGCCCUUUGCAGUAGUUGGCAGUACAGAGGAGACAAAAAUAGGAAACAAAAUGAUGAAAGUUCGGCAGUAUCCUUGGGGAACUGUUCAAGUUGAAAAUGAAUCUCACUGUGAUUUCAUCAAGCUGAGAGAGAUGCUGAUACGGGUGAACAUGGAGGAUUUACGUGAACAGACGCACACACAUCAUUAUGAACUUUACCGAAGGUGCAAAUUGGAGGAAAUGGGCUUCAAAGACACAGACCCAGACAGCAAGCCAUUCAGUUUACAGGAGACAUAUGAAGCAAAAAGAAAUGAAUUUCUGGGAGAACUGCAAAAGAAAGAAGAGGAGAUGAGGCAGAUGUUUGUUCAGAGAGUAAAGGAGAAGGAAGCUGAGCUGAAGGAGGCAGAAAAAGAGCUCCAUGAAAAGUUUGACCGCUUAAAAAAGUUACAUCAAGACGAGAAGAAAAAGCUAGAAGAAAAGAAAAAAAGCCUGGAUGAUGAGUUGAAUGAAUUUAAGAAAAGGAAGACUGCCACAGAGUUAUUGCAGUCACAAGCACAACAGGCUGGGGGCUCACAGACCUUGAAAAAAGAGAAAGAGAGAAAGAACUUCUUUUAAUCUGUUCCCUCACCUGUAUGAUGGAGAAGAGCACUGUUUGUAGAAGACACAGAGGUCCCUUGUGUUUUUUUGGAAUGGGAAAAGUGAUAAUUAAUAAAGGAAAAAAAAACCCUACCACCAUUAAUAAUGUUGAAAGAUGUUCUGUGAUUGCAUGAUUGGGUUGUUAGCAAGGCUUUUCAUUGGAAGGCACGUGUAUGCAGGAGACUAAAGAGCAAACCCUUUAUCUUCAUGUAAAUCUUCAUAUUCCAUCAGUAACAAUGUACAAGUAACUGACUUGGCCACUUAUUAUGUUAAAUUAUGUAUCUAUAUACUCAGUACAGAUAACUGCAGAACUAUGCUUCGUCAGUUUUUCAGAAAGCCAUCUAAGACUAGUUUCAGGCUAUUUUCACUGUACAAUGCAGCAGUUCUCUUAAGAUCUUUGAGAGUAAAAUGAAUGAAGCACUUCCCUUCCAUCUACCUACAUACACCCUGCUAGGUAUUGAUUUAUUUAAAUGCUUUCUGCAGUGGACUUGAUAAUCUGUUUCUAAAUUUGCUCCUCUCAUUUUAUAAAACUGAAAUGGGGCAGUUUUUAGUUAGUAACUUGCAAACCAUACCUAAUAUAUAUAAAAAAAAACCCAUGAACAUUCUCUUGCUGUAGACUAUAAGUUUAACGCCUAGCGUGCCUGUUUAUGCAUGAGAUUGUUCUGUACUACUCCUGCACUGUCUAACUGACAGCAAGAUUUACAACUUACAGGCAGUAUGCAUGAACUUUCAUGUUUAUCAGUGUAUAGCUUAGCAGGGGAUUUUACAUUUUUCUCUUUAAAUGUUGGGACAUCAGUAGCAGAUACUCCAAAUUUGAAAAGCACAGAGGAAAGGCUUGAGAGGUGUGUAGGGCUCUUGUUGGUAUUUACUCAGCUCUGUGUUAAUGAAAUACCACUCAAAGGCACUUCAGCCUUACAUCCUUGCCUCACUAGAUAAACUGAUGUGUGAACUGUUUGACCAUCAUCAGGGGCGUAACUAUAGAGGAAGCAGACCCUGCGGCUGCAGGGGGGCCCAGGAGGUAUAGGGGCCCCAUGAGGCCCUGAUUCAUAUACAAUUUCAAUAAAUAUUGGAGGAACAAGUCAACCUCUAAACAUUUUGGGGGCCUGAAAAAUAAUUUGCUGUGGGGCCCAGUAAUAUCUAGUUACGCCACUGACCAUCAUGAUUCUUCAAUAUAGAGCAAGACAUUGACUUUACGGCUCUGAACAAGGAUAGGUUUUGUCCAGAAAGCCCAUCAAGAGUGAGCUCUCAUUUAUCACACAGAGGAAUGUAUAUAAGUGUCUCAGAAGGCAGAGUAGAAAACAGUUACAUUCAGCAACAUUUUAAUGAUACAGUACCUGAAUGUUUGCCUUUGUCACACAAUUCUUUCUAAUUAUUCCAAGUCUGAGAAUGCAAUUUCAGUAUCUGCUCGUGUUAAUUUCAUAACAAAGUCUCCACAGUAUGCACGGUGCGAGGUUCCAUGCUGUGAAACAGAUAUGGUAGAAGUUCAGUGAACCAAAGAAUCACCUUAACUUCUUGUUCUAGCAAAAGGAACAUGGUCAAAUGCUUCUAUUUUCUUAAACAGGGGAAGGAAGUGAAAUUAUUUGCGGAGCAUGAAGAUAUUAGGUUAAUGACAGUCCAGACAGAUUCAAAAUACUGACAGCUACACAGAAGCUUAAACAGCUCCCCACUCGCAAAAUAAUAGUGAGUGUCUAUGACAUCUUAAAAUUAAUAGAAUUGGCAUUCUGCAAGACUUAGAGAUUUAGGAUUGUUUAUGGAAAAAUUCUAUUAGUCAAAUAAAAUCUAGUGAGGAACGUGUAUUGCCAGUGGCAUAACUAGAUGUUAUUGUGCCCCACAGUAAAUUCAUUUUAGGGCCCCCUAAAUAUCCAGAGGUUGUCCUGUUUUACCAAUAUAUAUUGAAAUGGCUCAUAUAUAUCAUGGGGCCCCCUAUACCUCCUGGGCCGCAGGGUCUGCUUCCUCUGUAGUUACGCCCCUGUGUAUUGCUGUGUUUAUGCUUAACCCGACCCGAAGGAAAAUAAAUAUUCCAGGACUUAAGUACAAUAUAAUUUUUAUGUGCCAUGUAAGAAGCCAUGAAUAUUUUGUAGACAUCAAACUAGCCUCUGUAUUUAUUUUCCUGGAUCUUCAAGUGUAGAGUAAUUAUUUUUAAAGGAGAAUAAACCACCCAUUAUCAAGCAGUCUGUCCUCUGCACAGACUUGGCUGCCUCUACCUAACCCAAUUAUCUGUGCAGGCUCAUCACUGAGGAGGAGGAUGCAAUCUCAUCCUAGCUUCCAUUGUGCAUUUUCCUGAUGAGUAUUCUCUUCCAGGGAGCCUGGUCACCGGAAUGAAAAAGUCAAACAUGAUGGACGUCAACUCUGAUGUGCUGUCCUGCUCUGCGUUUCCCAAACAGAUAGAGGGGAAGGGAGACAGAUCUCAGCCAAGCAGAUGAUGCCAUUUUGAAAGGGAGAGGUGGUUUUUUGAUUAGAGUGGGCUUGAGUUCAUUUAGGGUUAUUAUUCCUUUCCAUAUUAUUAUGGUUCAGUGCUGUCCAACUCUUUCCAUGUAUGGACCAGUUAGGUAACAUUCUACAUGUUUGUUGGGCUAGAUUAUAGCAAAUGGUGGUAUUGUACACAGCAGUCUUUAGACCCCAUAAGCUGGCAGGCGCUGUAAAAAUUCCCACACUGAAUAUAAAGUGCAUGUAACCUUCCUAUUGAAUUUUAAAUUAACAAGUUUACAUUCCAUCUUUAAAACCCUGAUAAAAGAGAAAUAAGUGUACAGUUUAUGUUUUUUUUUCUGGUCGGUUACACGUUCUUCAG